AUGAUUCUCACACAAUGCAGACGGGCAAUACUGUCACCCGCCGUCUCGGCAUGUCGCCGAGCUAUAUCGACCCUUCCUAAUAAUCCUCACAUUUACGUCCACCCACAAUCGCCGACGGUCAAUGUUCUUUCUUUCCUACCGACCUCGCCUCCCACAGGCUCACUUGCCAUUGGUGUCUCGUCGCAAAUCCCGCCCACGUCCGACUCCUUGCGCGAGAACCAAUCAUUCAUGAAGGUGCUACAAUCCGUGAUACGAGAGCAUGCGACCAAAGAUCCCGAAGUCAUUGGACAAGCUCAAGCAUAUGCAAGCUCAGCGGGAUCAUCGUUAGGGUCCGGUGGUGUUUUCUUCCCCCAGACGCAACACAAGCGCAGUAAGAGACGCGCAGGAUAUGGUGGUGGUGGCGGUGCCGGUGGUGACGGAGCCGGAGGUGCUUCUGCUCAGGGCGGCGCGGGUGGUGCUGGAAGAGGAGGAUACAUCCACGUCAGUGACCAGAGGAACCCUCCAGACUAUGGCCGCACCGCAUGGCCUGAAGACAUCUUUGGAAGCCUCGAGGUCGACGCAGUCGGUAACUUUGUGGGCGAGAACGGCAGCUACCAAGAGAGUGGGACGUACAGAUGUGUUACACGAGAGGGAAUCCUCGGACUCAGCCCCUACCUUCGUGAGAAGCUCAUUGCACGACUCAAGCAACUCGAAGCAGAAAAGGGUAAAUGA